CGCAGCUGCCGCGGCGGCUCCGCGGGAAGGGCGGGCGGUACCGCAACUCUGCGCCCCGCAGGCGGCGGCGAUCAGGCGAGUGCAGUGGAGGCGGACGUGGACCCAGCAGCGCCCGGAGCUCGCUGUCUCCUUGCCGACGGGGGAGGGGUUGGAGCCACCCCCGUCCCCGGGGGCUGCCGCCGGGCCAGCGAGGCGGUACGAGGCGGCUGAGGGCAGCCGCCGCAGCCUGGCCAGAGCGGGCUGGUCCAGACUCCGCCCCACAUUCGCCUGCCCUGCCGCCGGCGUCCUCCUAGCCUGGGCACCUGGAGCGCCGCAGCCGGAACCUGGGAACCAGAGCUCAGACUUAUAUCCCUAACUGUUGCAUUCCAGUACCAAUGGUGAGAAGAUGAACUGCUGCAUUUUGGACAAGCUGAAGUUUGGAACGCUGGGACAUAAAGAACCCAUUAAGAAGGAAAUUACAGUAGUUAAGAGGAGAUGAAGAGCUGUGAAAAUUAUCUGAAGUAGGAUGGAAGCUUCAGUAAUAUUACCCAUUCUGAAGAAAAAAUUGGCUUUUCUUUCAGGAGGGAAGGACAGAAGAAGUGGCCUCAUUCUGACAAUUCCAUUAUGCCUUGAACAGACAAGCAUGGAUGAGCUGAGUGUCACACUAGACUAUCUGCUAAGUAUCCCAAGUGAGAAGUGUAAAGCUAGAGGAUUUACUGUGAUAGUGGAUGGCAGAAAAUCACAGUGGAACGUGGUAAAGACAGUUGUGUUAAUGCUACAGAACGUUGUUCCAGCUGAGGUGUCACUUGUUUGUGUAGUAAAGCCAGAUGAAUUCUGGGAUAAGAAGGUUACACAUUUCUGUUUUUGGAAAGAAAAAGAUAGACUUGGCUUUGAGGUUAUUUUAGUAUCUGCUAACAAGCUGACUCGAUACAUAGAGCCAUGCCAACUAACAGAAGACUUUGGAGGAUCUCUCACCUAUGAUCACAUGGAUUGGUUGAACAAGAGGCUGGUAUUUGAAAAGUUUACGAAAGAAUCAACAUCCUUACUGGAUGAACUUGCUCUAAUUAACAAUGGAAGUGAUAAAGGAACUCAACAAGAAAGAGAGAGAUCAAUAGAUUUGAACUUCCUUCCGUCAGUUGACCCUGAGACCGUAUUGCAGACAGGUCAUGAGUUACUAUCAGAGUUACAACAGCGUCGAUUCAAUGGUUCAGAUGGAGGGGUAUCCUGGUCUCCAAUGGAUGAUGAACUACUUGCUCAGCCACAGGUCAUGAAGCUCCUAGAUUCACUCAGAGAGCAGUAUACCCGCUACCAGGAAGUUUGCAGACAACGUAGCAAGCGUACACAACUAGAGGAGAUUCAGCAGAAGGUAAUGCAGGUAGUCAACUGGCUUGAAGGACCUGGAUCAGAACAGCUAAGAACCCAGUGGGGAAUAGGUGAUUCAAUUAGAGCUUCACAAGCUUUACAACAGAAACAUGAAGAAAUUGAGAGUCAGCACAGUGAAUGGUUUGCAGUUUAUGUUGAGCUUAAUCAGCAGAUAGCAGCUCUUCUAAAUGCAGGAGAUGAGGAAGACCUUGUGGAAUUAAAAGCAUUGCAGCAACAGCUGAGUGAUGUGUGUUACCGGCAGGCCAGUCAGCUGGAAUUCAGGCAGAAUCUAUUACAAGCAGCACUUGAAUUCCACAGUGUUGCCCAGGAUCUGUCUCAGCAAUUAGAUGGCUUACUAGGAAUGUUGUGUGUAGAUGUAGCGCCAGCAGAUGGAGCAUCAAUUCAACAAACUUUGAAACUAUUGGAAGAGAAAUUGAAAUGUGUUGACUUAGGCUUGCAAGGCUUGCGUGAGAAGGGUCAAAGUCUUCUUGAUCAGAUAUCUAAUCAGGCAUCCUGGGCCUAUGGAAAAGAUGUGACCAUUGAAAACAAAGAAAACGUGGACCAUAUCCAGGGAGUGAUGGAAGAUAUGCAGCUUAGAAAACAAAGGUGUGAAGAUAUGGUGGAUGUGCGGCGACUGAAGAUGCUUCAGAUGGUACAGUUAUUUAAAUGUGAAGAGGAUGCUGCUCAGGCAGUAGAAUGGUUAAGUGAGCUGUUGGAUGCUCUGCUGAAGACACAUAUCCGACUGGGAGAUGAUGCUCAAGAAACAAAAGUUUUACUGGAGAAACAUCGAAAAUUUGUUGAUGUUGCACAGAGUACUUAUGAUUAUGGGAGACAGUUACUGCAGGCAACUGUGGUCCUGUGCCAGUCCCUACGAUGCACUUCAAGGUCCUCGGGGGACACGCUUCCAAGACUUAACAGAGUGUGGAAGCAGUUUACAGUAACUUCUGAGGAGAGAGUACAUCGGCUGGAAACGGCUGUUGCAUUUCAUUCAAGUGCUGAAAAGAUUUUGGAAGAAUGUCCAGAGCAGCCUGAAGCUUUUAAUGACACGGAGCAAUUUGAUGAAAUUGAAGUAGUUGGGAAAUCACUAUUGGACAGACUAACAGUGCCUGUAGUUUAUCCUGAUGGGUCUGAGCAGUACUUUGGGAGCCCAAGUGAUAUGGCUUCUGCAGCAGAACACAUUAGAGAGAAGAUGAAGCUAGUUAGCCUGAAAAAGCAGCAGCUGAGACAACCAGAAGCCACUACCCCAGAGAGCUAAUACUGACCUUUGUCUGUAAAUUCAUAAUAGGACUUCAGUUUGUAAUCCAGCAUGUUGUUUGCAUAUUACAGAAUUUGGCAUAAUAUAUCAAAAUGCAUUUCACAGCUGUUGCAAGUAUCAUCUAUUUUUCAAAGUAAAUGUUCUCAGCAUCUUAACACUGUACAUCUAUCAAGCCAUAAUUAUUUAACAUGCUAUGAAACCAUAGAUUCCAAGUAUCUUAUGAAAAGGAACUGUAAACUUUGCACUGAAAUUUGCUGUAAAGCUUUAUCUGACCUGUCAGCUGCUUCUCGGUUAAACAGCUGAUGCAAGCUUUGAAUGGUGCUAAUUAAAGUGUUAGGAGUUCCAUAUUAUGAAAUUGUAGUUCUUUGCUUCCCUCUAUGGCCAGGUGAUGUAGUAAUUUUAGACUGUAGGUAAGUUCCUGCAGUGUAGACAGUGGUGACCCUAUAAUUUUAAUUUGAAAUACUUUUUUUUAAAAAAAAAUCAUUUUUAUUGUGCCAGUAUGCAACCUGCCAUCAAAUCUUUGAUAUAUUAAAUCCAUUAAACAGAUGUUUUCCUAUUUGUAUUGAUAAUGUAUUAAAAGCUGUUUGUGCUUAAUAAAAAUAAUCUUUUUAAAAUCUAA